UGCCCAGUGGUGUCUUCGCGCUGCUGCCAGGACCCCGCCGUCAUGGCCCCGCCAGGGUCGCUGCUCGCCUGCUGCCUGCUGGCGCUGACGUCACGUCCGCUGGUCGCCAGGACGACUUCCGGUCGGCCGCACAUCGUCUUCAUCGUGGCCGACGACCUGGGCUGGAACGACGUCAGCUUCCACGGCGCCGACCAGAUCCCGACGCCCAACAUGGACGCGCUCGCCUUCAACGGCGUGAUCCUCAACAGCCACUACGCGCAGCCCUCCUGCACGCCCUCCCGCGCGGCGCUCAUGACGGGCCGCUACCCCAUCCGCCUGGGCAUGCAGGGGCUGCCUCUGCUGGCGGCUGAGCCGCGGGGCCUGCCCGAGGGACAGAUCCUGCCCGGGUACCUGCAGGAGCUGGGCUACUCGACCCACGCCGUCGGCAAGUGGCACCUGGGCUUCUACAAGAAGAGCCUGACGCCCACGCAGCGAGGCUUCCACUCGCACUUCGGCUACUGGGCCGGCUUCGUCAGCUACUACGACUACAUCCUCCAGGACACGUAUCCCGACGGCCCGUACUCCGGCUUCGACCUGCGGCGCAACUACUCGCUGGCGUGGGACCGCGUGGGCCGCUACGCCACGGACGUGUUCACCGAGGAGGCGGAGGCCGUGAUCGGCGCCCACGACCCGUCCACGCCUCUCUUCCUCUACCUGGCGCACCUCGCCGUGCACGCGGGCAACCGCGGCAAGUUCCUCGAGGCGCCCCAGGAGGCCGUCGACGCCUUCCGGCACAUCGCCGACCCCAACCGCCGGACGUACGCAGCGAUGGUGUCGAAGCUGGACGAGUCCGUGGGGAGGGUGGUGGCAGCCCUGCAGAGCCGCCGCAUGCUCGAGGACUCCAUCAUCGUGCUGCUGUCGGAUAACGGCGCUCCGACCAUCGGCACCUACCCCACCUGGGGAUCAAACUUCCCGCUGCGAGGGCUGAAGGAGACGCUGUGGGAGGGCGGAGUGCGGGUUCCGGCGCUCGUAUGGAGCCCGCUGCUGUACCAGACGCCGCGCGUGUCCAGCCAGCUGAUGCACAUCUCCGACUGGCUGCCCACCCUGCUGGCCGCCGCAGGAGGUCCACCGCCUCCAGCAGACAUCGACGGCGUGAACCAGUGGGACGCGCUUGUCUACAAUUUGCCGUCCAGGCGGAACUCGGUCCUCGUAAACAUCGACGAGAGAGAGCGCACCGCCGCCUUCAGGUUCGGCAACUACAAGAUGGUCGUUGGGAGUGCUCGAAAUGGAGAGUAUGACGGCUACUUUGGUGCGAGUGGCCGUGAUUCUGCGAGUCCUCCGUACAAUGCUUCAGCGGUGGUGCAGAGCAGCGCGGGACAAGCCAUAGACGAGCUCUUCAAAACUCUCUACCGGGCGGCGGCGUCUCCCUCGGAGAUCUCGUUCCUGCGGUCGGCAGCGUCGCUGCAGUGCCGCCCCAGCGGCGCAGGGGUGCCGUGCCGGCCCGCGCAGACCCGCGAGUCCUGCCUGUACGACGUGGAGCUGGAUCCGUGCGAGACCAACAACCUGGCGCCUGAGCAGCCUGCCACGGUGCGCGCCCUCCGCCACUUCAUGAUCCAGCACCGCAAGCACCUGGUGCCCCAGGCCAACCUGCCCCCCGACUCCUCCGCCGCCGACCCCGCCAAGUUCGGCAACGUGUGGACCUCGUGGGGGGACGCGGAGCCCGUCUGAGGCCGGCCCCUGCCACCCGGCCAGCUAGCCAGUGCCAAAGUCACCGUUACAGCGCCGUCUGUAACCCUGCCUCGUCGAGGCUGCCCUGGUCCGACAUCCUUCGCAGUGUCUCCGUCCUGGACUAACUCUACGAGGGCCCUACUUGAAGGCUCCUACAUCAGUAGGUCAGCACAAUGUGUUAUACCAUACCACCACCAUGGGGUAUAUUACCUCUUCUUCAUCAGUAGGUCAGCACAAUGUGUUACCACCACCAUGGGGGUAUACUCCCUCUUCUUCAUCAGUAGGUCAGCACAAUGUGUUACCAACACCAUGGGGGUAUACUCCCUCUUCUUCAUCAGUAGGUCAGCACAAUGUGUUACCAUUACUAUGUGGGUAUACUCCCUCUUCUUCAUCAGUAGGUCAGCACAAUGUGUUACCAACACCAUGGGGGUAUACUCCCUCUUCUUCAUCAUUAGGUCAGCACAAUGUGUUACCAUUACUAUGUGGGUAUACUCUCUCUUCUUCAUCAGUAGGUUAGCACAAUGUGUUACCAACACCAUGGGGGUAUACUCCCUCUUCUUCAUCAGUAGGUCAGCACAAUGUGUUACCAACACCAUGGGGGUAUACUCCCUCUUCUUCAUCAGUAGGUCAGCACAAUGUGUUACCAUUACUAUGUGGGUAUACUCCCUCUUCUUCAUCAGUAGGUCAGCACAAUGUGUUACCAUUACUAUGUGGGUAUACUCCCUCUUCUUCAUCAGUAGGUCAGCACAAUGUGUUACCAUUACUAUGUGGGUAUACUCCCUCUUAUUCAUCAGUAGGUCAGCACAAUGUGUUACCAUUACUAUGUGGGUAUACUCCCUCUUCUUCAUCAGUAGGUCAGCACAAUGUGUUACCAUUACUAUGUGGGUAUACUCCCUCUUCUUCAUCAGUAGGUCAGCACAAUGUGUUACCAUUACUAUGUGGGUAUACUCCCUCUUCUUCAUCAGUAGGUCAGCACAAUGUGUUACCAUUACUAUGUGGGUAUACUCCCUCUUCUUCAUCAGUAGGUCAGCACAAUGUGUUACCAUUACUAUGUGGGUAUACUCCCUCUUCUUCAUCAGUAGGUCAGCACAAUGUGUUACCAUUACUAUGUGGGUAUACUCCCUCUUCUUCAUCAGUAGGUCAGCACAAUGUGUUACCAUUACUAUGUGGGUAUACUCCCUCUUCUUCAUCAGUAGGUCAGCACAAUGUGUUACCAUUACUAUGUGGGUAUACUCCCUCUUCUUCAUCAGUAGGUCAGCACAAUGUGUUACCAUUACUAUGUGGGUAUACUCCCUCUUCUUCAUCAGUAGGUCAGCACAAUGUGUUACCAUUACUAUGUGGGUAUACUCCCUCUUCUUCAUCAGUAGGUCAGCACAAUGUGUUACCAUUACUAUGUGGGUAUACUCCCUCUUCUUCAUCAGUAGGUCAGCACAAUGUGUUACCAACACCAUGGGGGUAUACUCCCUCUUCUUCAUCAGUAGGUCAGCACAAUGUGUUACCAUUACUAUGUGGGUAUACUCCCUCUUCUUCAUCAGUAGGUCAGCACAAUGUGUUACCAUUACUAUGUGGGUAUACAAGGAUUCCAGACAUCAGAACUGGUGUCAAAGUGCAAGCCUGAGUGUAAAACUUGUGGUCUUCAAAUGCGUCUGUGCACACAGAGUUUCUAUCUUCUUGAUAAGUGCAUUACACCCCUUCACCCCAACCCUGAUGCAAAACCAGUUCCACUAUGGUAGCCUCCAAGUUGCAUGCGUUAUAAAAAAUACACAAAUUAAUCUCAUGCACCGAAUAGAAACUAGUAAAUACAGCACAGAGGUCGGUUUGAGGUGAGUAUGUUAGACACACUUUUGGCUCGCAAGUCACAAGGCUCUGGAAAAGACCGUGUGUUUGAUCGGCUAUCAGUAUAGUUUCGAUUAUCUAUUCUCAGGUAUUGUGAAUGAAAUCCUGGGGAGUUUGCAUGUUUUAGUGGCAAAUGCAAAUGCAUAUAUUUAAUAGCAGUUCUCUGUUCAGGAUGUGGUGUAUUCUAUUUAUUUAAAAUUAUGUUUUAAACUUAAGAUUGUUGAAAAGAGACACAAUAUGCUUAGUUCUCUCUUGAUCGUUAACAAAAAGAUACCUAAAAGUAUUAAAAGUGAAACAUUUAUGACAAAAAGUAAUUAAUUACAUUUAAGAGUCAUUUAGAUUUUUAAAAUUUUAUCAUGUGAUAGGCUACUUAAAACGUAUGUUUGCGCUCUUUCAUACACUGGCCAAAAGGUAGAGACAGGAUUAUAUAAUGAAUUGAAAUAAAACCGAAAUAACAACGCAAAGCUUGUUAAUACAACAUAAAACUCUGAAAUACACACCAUUUAGAACCAAAAUUCAAUUAAAAACAUGAAAAUAAUCAGAAAUUUGACAAAAGUUAAUUCAGAUUACAAAAAUUUUAUUGUUUACAAUGGCAAAUUAAAUUAAUGUAAUUUAAUUAGCAUGAAUUGUGUACCAAAAUAAAUUAACUAAAGGAUUAGGAAAAAAUUAAUUUUAUAUUGCUUGAUCUUGCAUCACUUAUUAAUAACAUUUUUAUGUUAAUGACUUGGCACAUUUUUCAAACACACAAAUAUUUGCUGAUUAAUUUUUAUUUUUCUGAGUAUGUAAUUUUGUUUUAGACAAGUUCAUUACUAGUGAUUUUACUGUUUUAGACUAUUUUAGUAAAAAAAAAAGUAUUAUGAAAUAUUUUAGUUUAUUUUUUAGUAAUACACUAUUUUUAUGAAUAAAGACAAUGUAUAAAAUUAAAAACAAUAACACCGAAAUCUUCUUUUAAAAAAUAACGACUUAAAAAUUGAAACCAUAAAAUCUUGUUCUUACCAACAGCUCUCUGAGAGACCUGCAGUAUGUUCUGAGUGUAGAGUUCUGAGCUACCAAUAAAUCUGCAAUAAAGAGAGAGAUUAUAGAGAAGAAAGAGAGAAAAAGAGAGAGACACAUACACAUACAUACACUUUGUGCGAGUUUGACAAAUAAUUUUAUUUUAAAUUAUGCUUCCUGUAGUGUAAUAUUACUUUGUGUAAUGUUCCUCGUUCCAGAACACUUAAUUUCUUGCACAUGUUACAUAUAAGUUAUUUCUUUAGUGUGAUAGUUGUUUAUCAGUAAUAAAUAAUUUUAAUUAGAGUGAAUGAAAUGAUCAGGAAUGAUCUUUCACUUUAAAAUUGGAACAGUGGAAAUUGCUAAAUGUUUGUUGAACUUAAAUACGUACUACCAGAGGAAAGACAAGUGUUUAUUGAUAUAGCAAAUGUCGAAAUUGGUACUCCGACCAAGCUACUAAACACUCGUCAGUAUUUUACGCAGUUUACGAGUGAAAUUCUCGGUAAACUUGAAAUCAGUAAAGCACUUCUGAAGAUAGUAUGCAAAGUUGGGACUUUUAUCGUGGAAGUAAUUAUUUAUAUUAAAAUCUAUUUUGUGUCGGAUGUUUGGCACAUACCGAGAUGAUGAAUAAAAUUAUUCAUAAG